AUGGAAUUUAUCGGCUCUCCCUUAGGCGCAACACCCGCCCAUCCAAGAUCAACAUCUAAUGGCUUUCUUCCUGCCAUCAGCACCGUGGGUUCACGCAAUAAGAACCAUUUGCCUUCGUACCCAUUGCCUCAGAGCUGCAAGCUCCCUCGGGUACCCAGUGCCUACUACAAACCAGCCACUAUCGAGCCCACUUUGGCUCCCUAUUCCAAGACUCCCCAGGAGUCAACCAGCAGCAAGGGGGUUCCAUUGAUUUCCAGCAGAACAACCCUCUUCCCCCGCUACACCACUGACGACUGGCACAAGUCCAAUCAGACCAACUACAAAGAGUCAAAGACUUGCCGGCAGUCAGCCGAGCUUCUGAGGCUUGAUACCUCCCGCCUCAUUCAGGAUAAAAACUGGCAGACAAAGAAAACACAGGAAGAAAGCUCUAAAACCCUUCAAGUGCGCAUCAAUGACAUGAAAUUUUGGAAAACAGAGCUCUACCGUGAGCUGGAUGAGAUGGUCAAGGAGACCAACGCGCUCACGGGUGAGAUAAGAGAACUGGAGAGAGCCUUGGCCAAGACAGAGGCCCCUCUGCAGGUUGCGGAGCAGUGCUUGCUCCACCGUGACAAGAGGCUGGGCAUCGACCUAGUCCAUGAUGACGUGGAGAAACAGCUUCUCACGGAAGUCCAUGUCAUCAGGUCGUGCCAGGAAAGGAUGCGGCAGUGCCUGGAUAUGGCAAAUGACCAGCUCAGGUCUAACAGGAUGGCCCAGCAUGAGCUGGAGAAGGACCUGGCUGACAAGCAGGUGGCCCACCGCAUCGAUGAAAGGUGCCACCAGCUGAGGAACACCUCUGAAGGCAUCAACUUCUACCGAGGGGUGGAGCGAAUUGAUGCCACGAUCUCCUUGCCAGAGUCAUGGGCCAAGUUCACAGAUGGCAACAUCCUCCGCUCCCAGAAGGAACGGGCAGCCUCUGCCAAGAUGCGGAAUAACAUCAGAGAUCUGCUGGCGGUGACGGCCAACGAGAUGAUGUGCCAGUUCAAUGAGGUGAACGUCGCCUUCAGCAACCGCAUCGCUGAGACAGCCGAUGCCAAGGACAGGAUUCAGACCCAUCUGAGCAAGACACUGCAGGAAAUAUUCCAGAUGAAGAUGUACAUCGAAGCCAUUCGAAAAUGUAUUAGAGACAAAAUGGCUCCCUUUAAAGUGGCUCAGACCCGUCUGGAUGAGCGCACGUGGAGACCAAACGUAGAGCUGUGCCGGGACAACGCCCAGCUGCGCCUUGUCAAAGAAGUCUAUGAAAUCGAUGAGACGGUCCAUACCCUUCAGCAUCGGCUGAGAGAUGCUGAGGACACGCUGCAGAAGCUGGCUCAUCUCAAGUCGACCCUGGAGCACGACUUGGCUGCCAAAGCCAACACACUCUUCAUUGAUCAGGAGAAGUGCAUGGGGAUGCGCAAAACCUUUCCCCAAACUGUCCGCAAGAUUGGUUAUGUUUAGACUGGGCGCAGCUGAACUCCCAGUAUCUGUUGUGGGAGGCGUUCCUAGUUUCGCUAAGAUUCUUCAAAUUCUACUGUUAGACUCUCUUAUUAAAAGCUGCAAUAAAAACUACUCAACCACUUUGUGUGUUACGUGGCCUACUGAGAUUUUCAUUUUCCUUUGGUUCUUCCCUUGCACUGUGUGCCAGAAAGUACCUGA